GCCGGAGAGACGAGCGGCGCUGACAACACCGAGCGGUACCGUCGUGACAGCGUCUGUCAGCAGCACGGAGACACCGAGGGGACGGCGUUUUCAUCCCAUGUAUUUUUAGACCCAGCUUCGUUGCUCUUGUCAUCGGCUGCCCGUCGUCACCAUGACAGCGGAAGAAACCAUCAAUGUGAAGGAGGUGGAGAUCAUCAAGGUGAUCCUGGACUUUCUCAACGCCAGAAAGUUGCACAUCAGCAUGCUGGCUCUGGAGAAGGAGAGCGGCGUCAUCAAUGGACUCUACUCGGACGACAUGCUUUUCCUCCGGCAACUGGUCCUUGAUGGCCAGUGGGAUGAGGUCCUGCAGUUCAUUCAGCCUUUGGAGUGCAUGGACAAGUUUGACAGAAAAAGGUUCCGUUACAUCAUCCUUAAGCAGAAGUUUCUGGAGGCGUUGUGUGUGAAUAACGCCAUGUCUGCAGAAGACGAGCCACAACAUUUGGAGUUCACCAUGCAGGAAGCAGUGAAGUGCCUCCAUGCCCUGGAGGAGUUCUGUCCCUCCAAAGAUGACUACAGCAAACUGUGUCUGCUCCUCACGCUGCCACGCCUCACAAACCAUGCUGAGUUCAAGGACUGGAACCCGAGCACGGCCAGGGUACAGUGUUUUGAGGAGGCCUGCACCAUGGUGGCGGAGUUCAUCCCUGCAGACAGGAAGCUGAGUGAGGCUGGAUUCAAGGCCAGCAGAGAUCGACUCUUCCAGCUCCUGCUCAAAGGAGUCCUCUACGAGUGCUGUGUGGAGUUCUGCCAGAGCAAGGCGACAGGUGAGGAGAUCACAGAGAGCGAGGUCCUCCUGGGUGUCGACAUGCUCUGCGGUAAUGGCUGCGACGACCUGGACCUGUCUCUGCUCUCCUGGAUGCAGAACCUCGCUCACACCGUCUUCUCCUGCGCCUUCGAACAGAAGCAGCUCAACAUUCAUGUAGACCGUUUGGUCAAGCCCGCCAAGACCGGCUACGCCGACCUCCUCACCCCGCUCAUCAGCAAACUGUCGCCGUAUCCUUCGUCCCCGCUUCGCCGUCCCCAGUCCGCUGACACCUACAUGUCACGCUCCCUGAACCCAGCGUUGGACGGGUUGUCCUACGGGCUGUCUGGCCAGGAUAAGAGAGCCAGCGGCGGGGAGGUAGCGCCGGGUAAAGGGGUCUCUCCCAUGUCCCACUCGUUCGCCAAUUUCCAUUACCCUGGAACAGCAGGGCAGAGCUUGACCAGGAGCCUCAUGAUGGAGAGCUCCGACUGCCACAGCAUCUUUGAGGAAUCCCCUGAAACGUCAAGGACAGACACGCCUGUGGAUAAAAUGAUGAGCUCGGGUGGUGCUCAGAACAUGCGUCCUGCCUCAGCUCCGGGCGAGGACGCACCAUCAGCUGGCUCUGCCGAUAGGAAUGAGCUUCGUGACUCGACGGAGAAGUACGAGGAGUUUUAUCGCCAGCGUCUUCGCGUGCAGCAGCACCUGGAGCAGAAGCAGCAGCAGAGGCAGAUGUACCAACAGAUGCUGCUGGAGGGUGGGGUCCAGCAGGAGCCGCCACCCAGCGACAUGCAGCACAGCCUGACGGAGAAGUUCCUGAACAGGUCCAUCCAGAAGCUGGAAGAGCUCAAUGUGGGGAUGGAGAAUUUAGGAGAGGAGGUGAAGUCUCUGGCUCAGCAGUGCAACGGCAACGGGAACACGCCCGCCUCCGAGGACAAUAACAACCCUCCAUCUGUGACCCCGGAGCAGAGCCGGACCCAAGGGGGAGGGGUGCUCAGCAGCACCCCACAACGCACCGUGGGGGGCCGUCCGGUCCCACCUCCAAAUGAAUCCCCAGUCGUCUCGCAGAGUGGGCAAAAACCAAAAGGAAGUCAACCGGGUGACUCUCCAGGCGCCUUAACUCGAAGUAAAGAGGGUGAUAAACCAAAAAGCCUGUUUGUACCAGUGCAUUCUCUGGAAGACACUCAGGCUGUUCGAGCCGUUGCCUUUCACCCGUCUGGAUCUCUGUACGCUGUGGGAUCCAACUCCAAAACUCUACGUGUGUGCGCUUAUCCGGAAACGCUGGACACGAGCAGCUCAAGUCCAACAAAGCAGCCGGUUGUUCGCUUCAAAAGAAACAAACACCACAAAGGGUCCAUCUACUGUGUGGCCUGGAGCCACUGUGGGCAGCUGCUGGCUACAGGCUCCAAUGACAAAUAUGUCAAAGUCCUACCUUUCAGCGCAGAGACGUGCAAUGCCACAGGCCCAGACCUGGAGUUCAGCAUGCAUGACGGCACCAUCAGAGACCUGGCCUUCAUGGAGGGUCCAGAGAGCGGAGGGGCGAUCUUGAUCAGUGCCGGAGCGGGAGACUGUAACAUCUACACCACCGACUGUCAGAGAGGACAGGGUCUGCACGCCCUCAGUGGGCACACAGGUCACAUUCUGUCUCUGUAUACGUGGGGAGGCUGGAUGAUCGCUUCCGGCUCUCAAGACAAGACGGUGCGUUUCUGGGACCUCAGGGUACCCAGCUGUGUGCGAGUAGUGGGAACUGCUUUCCACGGCUCAGGCAGUCCUGUUGCCUCGGUAGCAGUCGAUCCUAGUGGCCGUCUCCUAGCAACAGGACAGGAAGACAGUGCGUGCAUGCUGUAUGACAUCAGAGGAGGGCGCAUCGUCCAAGUGUACCGGCCACACACCAGCGACGUUCGAUCCGUUAGGUUUUCUCCUGGAGCGCACUACCUGCUCACCGGUUCCUAUGACACAAAGGUCAUGGUCACCAACCUCCAAGGGGAUCUGACCAAACAGUUGCCUCUGACUGUGGUGGGAGAGCACGGCGACAAGGUGAUUCAGUGUCGAUGGCACACACAAGACCUGUCCUUCCUCUCGUCCUCGGCUGACCGCACUGUCACACUCUGGACACACAACCCUUAAAACACACACACACAGACAACCAGUUACUCUAAUCUGAAAGACAUACAUUCCCCUAAAACAACACUGCUCCUCCUGCACUAAAUACACUGUCUGUCACCUCCUUUAAACACUGUCUAAAAAACACACACAUGCGGGUACACACACACACACACACACACACACACACACAGGUGAUUGAGCCUUUCCCUCCUGUCUGUAGAAACCAAAUGGAUACAAACCCGGGACACAUCGAAAGCACACAUUUUGCAUGUUCUGUUUCUUUACAUCCCCCCACAUUUAUCUCCCCCGGUUGUAAAACUGCAGGAUUUAUUCAUCACCGUCACUUUUCAUCCCCUUUUUCCACGUGGUGUCGUCCUACAUGUUCACUCCCUACAGACACCGGUCACUUCCUGCAUGUUGUUUUCACCGGAGAGUUGUCAAGCUUAGACAGGAGUGCUUUGUUCAUGAUGGUGCCUUCCUUGAGUUCUCAGUUUCCAUAACAAAAAAAAAAAAGAAGUAAAAAGAAAUGAUAAUAUGGUCAUUUUUCAAGAUCAAAUUUUGUUAAGUCAUUUCGAGAGGUCGUACAUUCCUUCUUUUUUUUGCAUAUCAUUUUCUUACAGCUGGUGUAAUGCUGCUAUUGUUUAGGAAAACAAAAGUCGAUGUAAAGUGUAAUUUUUUCAGUGUAUCAGUAGUGAGCCGUUCCUUGCAGGAGGCUAAAUCUGUGGAAGUCAUACUAUCUGUUGCUUCCCCGUGGGAUGUACUGAAGUCUAAUGUUACUGUAUCCACUGCAUUACUACAACUCAAAAUGUGUAAAAAGAAAAAAAAAAAGUUAUUGUAGCUAGUGCGUUUGUUUUGAAUUUGAAAUCAGUGUUUUUCGCGCUGAAGCUGUUACGCUGUCUUGCAAUGGCUUGCUUGCAAUGGAAGAUCGUUAUUAUGUCGGCAUCAAAGGGAAAUACAACACACGGUUUAAUUUGGUUGACUCAACCUUACCUUCAUUUAGGACUUUUUUCGUGUUCAGAGGCUUUGGUGUGUCUCCUGCUAUAUUAGUAACAUAACAGUAGGUGGCAGUCUUUGCCCAUAACGAGGGUCGAACCAUAUGCACAAUGAAAUCUGGAUGGAAGCACGGGUGUUUUGAUAUUUAUUUAGAACCAGUAUUUGGGGCAUAUGCAUUGUAUUCUUUUCUUGUAUUUUCCAUGAGCACUUUGUCUUUUAACAUUGUCCUCUUACAUUGAUUUACUUACAAAGAUGCAUAUUUAAGUUUUUUUGUUCAUGUAUAGUGUAUAUUAUUUUAACAAAUAAGGCCAAACUAAUACAUAGAUGUAUUUAUUUCAGUUGUGUUUAUGUAUGUACAGUCAUUAGUUUGUUUCUGAAAUGCUAGUGGCUCUUGUAUUAAGCCUUUUUAAUUCUUGUUUUUAAAAGUGACCUAAAUUAAUUCAAGCUAACUGAAGUCUGAUUGCUGGUACGUUCAAUAAAGUGUCUUUUACACAAAA